AUGGUCGACGAGGCGCAUGAACGCUCAGUCAGUACAGAUGUGCUGCUCGGUGUGCUCAAGAAGAUCAGGAAGCGAAGGCCGGAACUACGCAUCGUCGUCAGCAGUGCCACGCUCAAAGCUGAAGACUACAUGCAGUUCUUUGCCGGACAGGGUGCCGCCGAAGACAAUGAAACUGCAAGAAUUAUCACUCUAGACGGGAAAAUGUACCCCGUUGACUGCCUGUACCUGGAGUCUCCUGCAGAAGACUACGUCGAGCGCGCCAUAAAGACCGUCUUUGAUAUCCAUGCCACCGAGCCCGAGGGAGACAUACUCCUCUUUCUCACCGGCAGAGAAGAAAUCGUAUCCGUUACCCAGCAGAUAUCAGAACAGGCUGCACUUUUACCCCAGAAGGCGCAAGCUCUCCUCCCAGUGCCCCUUUAUGCCGGCCUAACAGCCGACCAGCAACUCUCGGCCUUCGAACCUGCUCCCGAAAACACUCGCAAAGUCAUCGUCUCUACCAACGUGGCCGAGGCAUCAGUCACCAUCGAAGGCAUCGUAUACGUCGUCGACUGCGGCUUUUCCAAACUGCGAGCCUAUGAUCCAUCCACCGGUAUCGAAAAGCUAACUACUGUGCCCAUCUCGAAGGCCUCCGCCACACAACGUGCCGGCCGUGCAGGAAGGACCCGCCCAGGCAAAUGCUUCCGACUAUAUACCGAACAAUCUUUCCUAUCCCUGCCACAGGAGACCACCCCUGAAAUCCAGCGCGCAAACCUUGCCCCCAUCAUACUCCAGCUCAAAUCCUUAGGUAUCGACAACGUUGUUCGAUUCGACUAUAUAUCCUCCCCGCCCUCGGAGCUUUUCGUCCGAGCAUUCCAGCUUCUCUCCUCCCUAGGCGCCAUAGACGACUAUGCCAAACUCACCAAGCCGCUCGGCAUCCAGAUGGCCGAAUUACCCGUCAACCCCAUGAUGGCAAAAGUGCUUCUCAGCUCGACCAAAUUCGGCUGCCUGGACGAAAUACUGUCUAUAGCUGCAAUGACCACGCUGCAGGAUAGCAUCUGGUUCAACCAGGAUGAGAAAAGAGGCAUAUCGCCAUCCAUCCGUCAAUUUGCUGUCGAAGAAGGCGACCACUUGACGUAUCUCAACAUCUACCAGGCCUUCGUCACCAAGGGGAGAAAGGAAGCCAAAUGGUGCAGGGAUCAAUCGCUCAUUCAUAAAUCCAUGAUGAAGGCAGUUAGUAUUCGAGUCCAGCUUGAAAACCAUCUAAAGCGUUUUGGAAUCGAUAUGGCUAGAAGACAGGCUGCUACCACCGAGCAAAUCCAACGGUGUCUCACGACGGGCUUCUUCGCUCACGCAGCUAAAAUGCAGCCCGACGGGACAUUCAGGAGUAUUACGGGAGGGAUAACUUUACAUGCUCACCCGAGCUCACUGAUGUUUGUAAGUUUUUCUCUCCUCAGGCUCUGA